AUGGAUUCAUCUGAAACGCUAAGCGAUACAGAUUCUAGUAAGACAGUUAUUUUGUGGACAAAUAAAAUGCCUCUGAUUAAGUGCACACCUUUACCAUUGCAUGAAAAUCUUCAUCAAUAUCGUAGUUCGUCUUACAAAGUACCAACUGGAAUAAGUGAACACUUUUCCAAUUCGGUAAUAAAAACAAGUGAAGAUUUUGUAAAUGGAGUGAUUUUAGAUUCUGAACGGGCGGCACAGUGCUAUUUAAAAAUGAAUAAAUUACGGUUUUCAAACUCUAGCUAUGAAAGUGAAAAUAUAAUGAUAAAUAAAUAUGUCGUACAAGCAUGCAAAGACAGGGCAUUUUUAGGAUCCAAUCGUUCAUUAUUUUCUAACCCAAGUUGGAUCAACGAAAAUGGGAUUUUUGACGACCAGGUAGCCAUAGAAAAUAUUUCUGGCUAUAUAAAACAGUAUUGGAACUUGGAAAAAAAAUACACAUACAGUGUUGAGAAGUCAUCACUGAAAAUGAUUGAUGUUUCUUGUCACAGUUAUAAGGCAGAGUUUUCAGUGUCUACCAAUGAGUAUCCGAUUCCUCAAGUAACGGUAAGCGCGUAUUUCACAGUAAAAGUAACGCAUUUAUUGUCACUUCCGGCGGUGUACAUAAAAUAUCAGUUGGAGACGGACCGACAUGUUUACGUGGUAGGCAGACACUCAUUUAACAAGAAACAUUUCGAGCGCCUGUUUAAAACUAAACGUGACAUGUACAUGGAGAUCAACAAAUAUAUUGGAUGGUCGUCCCGGACCAUGUCAUAG